AUGUCUUCACCGAUUGUAGCUCGCUUAACAGAAGAAAGAAAAUCAUGGCGAAAGAAUCAUCCAUUUGGUUUUUUUGCUCGUCCCACAAAGAAUUCGGAUACUACAUUGAAUUUAAUGAUAUGGGAAUGUGGAAUUCCUGGAAAGAAAAAUACUAUUUGGGAAGGUGGUUUAUAUAAAUUAAAAAUGAUUUUUGGAAAUAAUUAUCCUCAAUAUCCGCCAUUAUGUAAAUUUGAUCCACCAUUAUUUCAUCCGAAUAUUUUUUCAUCAGGAGAAAUAUGUUUAUCAUUAUUGGAAUUUGAUUGGCAUCCAACAAUUACAAUUAAACAAAUAUUAUUUGGUAUACAAAAUUUAUUGAAUGAACCAAAUAUUGAAAGUCCAGCACAACAAGAAGCUUCUUGCAUGUAUUCUAAAAACAUAAUGGAAUAUAAUAAUCGAAUAAGAGAACAGGCAAAAGAGUUUGCUCUAAUAGAUUAA